AUGGCGUCUCUCGAAAACGGCCAUGCCAAUGGCUUAAUCGGCGAUUCCCUACCAUCCGCAAGCUCCCUACCUAACCUACGUUUCUCUGAUAUCCCCGAUGCCAUCGAUAUUCCCGCCUCCAGUUUCGACAGCGAAGUCGAAGUCAGUCUCCUCGAUCUCCCCGAAGACCCAACCGAGCUCUGCACCCUUCUGGAAAACGAACGGGCAGCCAAGAAUUUCUGGGUCAUCAUCGCAUUGGCCUACGCCAAACGAAAGCAGAUCGACCAUGCCAUCGACAUCCUGAACAAGGGUCUGGCCUCCGUCGCCCAUGGCGCUACCAAAGAGAAACUCGGCCUUCUUGGCUGGAUCUGCUGGUUGCUCAUGCUGAAGAGUCGCCAGGCUCCUCGUGUCGCGCCAGAGGGAGAGCUUUACUCAGAAGCCAAAACCAAGGAUCACUACCUGCAGCUAGCAACUUCCACUCUGAACGAGGCAUCGCGUCUGAACCCUGCGUACCCGCCUCUCUUCCUAGCUCGCGGCGUCUUGUGUCUUCUCCGUGCCUCCUUAUACCCUCCGCGUGCGGUUCGACCCGGUGCCAUCGACACGUCCGAGCGGGUCGAAGCCCUGCGGCAAGCGCUGAAAUGUUUCGACGAGUCCUCCAAGGCCUUUGGCGGUCGUAACAUUAUGGCUAUCCUGGGCCGUGCCCGCGCACUAUACAUGUUGGGAAGAUACGCAGAGGCUCUCGAAGGCUAUCAAAAGGUCCUGAUGAAGGUACCUAAUCUGACAGACCCUGAUCCUCGUAUCGGUCUAGGAUGCUGUCUUUGGCAGCUGGGCUUCAAGGACCAAGCGAAGGUGGCAUGGGAACGAUCACUGGCUCUGAAUCCCGAGUCCAAGGUCGCGAACAUCCUCCUCGCCGUGUACUACCUUUACGACAGCUCCCGCCGCUCUACUACCGACCCCAUGUUCGGCUCCUUGUACAAAAUGGCCAUGACCCAAUACACACAGAAGGCUUUCAAGCUGGAUAAAGAAUACCCCAUGACCUGCGCCUCAUUCGGAAGCUACUUCCUCCUCCGCAAACAAUACCCGACCGUUGAGACACUCGCCCGCAAGGCGAUCGAAAAGACGGAUGUCAUGCCCAUUGCUAGUGACGGCUGGUAUCUGCUUGGCCGAAAGGCACACUACGAGGGCGAUGGUGCUCGCGCUACAGAGUACUACAACAAAUCCGACCAGGCUCGUGGUGGUGGUGAAAAGGGCUUCUUGCCUGCUAAAUUCGGUGCUGUGCAAAUAUCCGUCUCGAACAAGGACUUUGAUGGUGCCAAGUUCCGCUUGGAGAAGAUUGUCCAACAAUCAAAGAACGCCGAGGCUAUGAUUCUGCUCGCGGCGCUGCACGCCGAAGACGUCUUUACCUCACUAAAGGCCGGUCUCAAGGAUGAUAAGUCGAAUGAGACGAAGCGUGCUAUCCAUUUGCUAGAGUCUGUGCGCUCGAUGUGGAAGGAUGAGAAGCAAAAGCUGACUCCAGAUGAAUCUGUCCUGGUCUAUCUGGCUCGUCUGUACGAGACCACCUCUCCGGAAAAGUCCAUGCAGUGCUUGGCCCAACUAGAGGAGCUGCAGAUUUCUGGUAUUCCCGAGAGUUCUCGGCCUGAUAUUGACGAUCCGGAGGAUCUGAAGGCUGCUCUCCGCGAGAGUCUUCCUCCCCAGCUGCUUAACAAUAUGGGAUGCUUCCUCUACCAAAACGAGAAGAUUGCUUUGGCGCGUGGCAUGUUCCAAUCCGCACUCAAUGCUUGCGUACAUUCGCAAGAGAGAAAAGAUGGUUCCGACAACGAUGCCCUCGUCACAACUAUCAGCUACAAUCUUGGUCGCACAUAUGAGGCAGCAGACAUGUGGGACGAAGCUAAGAAGGUCUACGACGGACUCCUCGAACGACACAACGACUACACCGAAGCUAGUGCACGUUUGACCUAUAUCGCCCUCCGCCAAAGCCCAACCGAGGAAGGACCCAAGAAGAUGUCCAAGCUCUACGAAACCGACUCCUCAAACCUGGAAGUCCGAUCUCUCUUCGGCUGGUAUCUCAGCAAGUCGAAAAAGCGUGUGUCCAAUUUGGCCGAGGACUCGGAACAGCGCCAUCACAAGCACACCCUACAAUACUACGACAAGCACGACCGCUACGCUCUAACCGGGAUGGGCAACGUCCACCUCCUCGCUGCGCGCGAUAUGCGCCGCGACACCGAAGCCGACAAAGAAAAGCGCCGCAAGGUCUACCAGCGCGCAGUAGAGUUCUUCGACAAGGCCUUACAGCUAGAUCCCAGGAACGCAUACGCUGCACAGGGAAUCGCCAUCGCCCUAGUCGACGAUAAGAAAAACUACAGCGCCGCCGUGACAUUCUUCUCCAAGAUCCGAGACACACUCAAGGAUCCGAGCGUCUACCUAAACCUGGGCCACGUCUACGCCGAAUUGCGCCAAUACUCGCGCUCAAUCGAACACUACGAAGCGGCCCUCGCCAAGGAUCGCGCCCGCGACGUGCAAAUCCUAGCCUGUCUAGGCCGAGUCUGGUGGCUCAAGGGCAAACAAGAGAUGAACCUGGUCGCAAUGAAAACAGCCCUGGACUACGCCCUCCGCGCCCGAGACGUCUCCCCCGACCAACUCCACCUCCAAUUCAACGUAGCCUUUGUGCAAAACCAAAUCGCCUCCCUCGCAUACAGUCUGCAACCAACGCAAAAGACGCUCCAAGAUGUGCUGGAAGCUGCCGACGGAUUGAAAGAAGCAAUCGAGACCUUUGAGAAGAUCUCGAAGGAGAAAAAUCCCCCUUACCCAGCCCAAGCACUCGAGCAACGUGCAAACAUGGGUCGCACGAUUAGCAAGCAGCUUGAUCGCGCGAUGCAGAGUCAGAAGGAGUAUGAGGAGAAGAAUGCGGCGAAAUUACAACAAGCGCGCGACGCACGUGAAGCGGCUCAAGCAAAGCGUGAAGAGGAAUUGCGAAAGGCGCAGGAAAUUGAGAUCGAGCGGAAGAGGAAAAUUGCCGAGGAGCGCGCGCAGAUGGCUGAGGAGACGCAGCAGAGCGCGGCGAGAAGGGCGGAGGCUGAUCGUGCGCGUGAGGAGGCGGAGCUUACGGAUGGGUCGCAGGGUGAGAGGGUCAAGAGGAAGAAGAAGACUGCGGCUAAGCGGAAGAAGAAGGGUGGUGAUGACUUUAUUGCUGAUGAUGAGGAGGGUCUUGGUGGUGGUGAAGAUCAGGAACGCAGUGGUGGGGAAGGAGAGAGUGAGGGCGAAGCUGCGCCUAAGAAACGUCGUCGUCUUGAGCGGAGGUCUGGUGGCAAGGUUGCUGCUGCUAAGGCUUCUAGCAAGUACAAGAGUGAUGAGCGGAUUGUUGAUUCGGAUGACUCGGAUGAGGAGGCGGGUGGUGAGGCUGCGCCGGGUACACCUGGUGAUGAGGAUAAGGAAGAUAUUUUCGGCGAUGAUGAGCAAAUACAGGAAGAUGUUGCGCCUCGUCGUCGGGGUAAGGCGCGUCAUAUUGCCGAUGAUGAUGAUGAGGAGGAUGAGGAUGCGGAAGAAGGUCACCAGGCUCCGGCUAAAGCGAACGAGGACAAUGAUGACGAUGACCUCUUCGGGGAUGAGGAGAAGACUCAGACUCAGGAUACGGAGAUGCAAGACUGA